AUGGCAGCAAAAAUUGUGUAUAAUAUGAAUUUCACAGCUCUGAUCGGCUACACUGAUAUGAAGCCUGAUAUCAAGUACAGGGCAAGAAUUGGAACAGCUGAUUUCGAUUUCUUGAUUUUCGAAGUAAAACAACCCAGAUCGAUUGCCGAAGAUGGUUUGUUCAAGGUAUCUAUUGAGCUACAACUCAUGCUCAAUCGUAUGGUCAAAAAAAAAUAUACCACAGCCUGUUGUCUACGGAGUUGUUAUAAAAGAAUGGAAUUGGUUGCUCCUUUAGUUUAUCUGUUUACUAAGAUACAGACACUCUAUAUUCCAAGAAGUGUGUACGACUUUCAUGUGUUACUAGGGGCCAUCCCUGCACUGCUGCAAUUAGAGCAGCUUGUAGUUAACGAAGUAUCAAAGGCCAGAAGAGACAUUAAUUCUGAUGAAAAUGAUAAGCUGGGCUGUGUAAGAUCACCUUUGACUCUCCUUAGAAAAUUUUAAACUUGAAAUAUGUAUAUUUUAUAAUAUUUUCUUACAAAAUUUGGUGACC